CACAGGGCAUUUUACGGGGAAACUUCAAAACUGCUUCAUUCCGGUGAUUGGGCCAUUGCGUCGUUCUCAUGAUGGCUGAACAGAUCUCCACGCCAAAUCUAGCUCAAUUACCCCCGGAGAUGCUCGAUUUCACACUUCUUAAAACCACAGGCGCGCUCGCCCCGCGGCUGGGUCGUCUCUCAAUUCCGGGCCGCAAAACCAUCCUCACACCAGUUUUCCUAGGAAACUCGUCUCGAGGAACCAUACCGCAUAUAUCACAAGACAAUUUCCGCAAGAGUAUAGGUCUCAAUGGCCUCUAUAUGGCAUUGGAAGAUUUCGUGGAAAAACACCCACAAAAAACACCUCCAAUCUUCCAGCUUGACGCUCCCGACCCUCUUCGGCAGUUCAAUUCUAUUCCAAACGAAACUCUCGUCGUACUUGGCGCUCGCCGUCAACCUCCCAUAUACAGCCCGAUCGCCAAUACAAACACCGAGGUGGGACUGUUAACAUCGGUGGGAUACAAGUCGAUAAGCUCGGAUUACUAUGCUGCGGCGGCGCGCAAACUUCAUCCAGAUAUCGUCAUUGGACUGGCAGAUAUACCCUUCGGACAGGAAUCCGUGGGCUUGAAGAGGAAGGACAAAAUGAGCGACAGGACAGAAGUAUGGACGCGCGACAUCAUUGCGAAGCGGGAUGGAAUCGACAAGGGAGAACCGAGAUACAACAUCUUCGCGCCAAUCCUACCAAUCGACCGUGAUCUACAGUCAUGGUACCUCGAGCAUCUUGUAGACGACAUGAUCAGCAAAAUCAGCGGAGUCGCCAUCUACGACGCCUACCUCCUCGACGACCUCCCCGAAGAGCUCCACCACCUCCCCCGACUAUCCUUCCACGCGCCCGCCAGUCCCCAGGAAAUCCUACGACAAGUAAGCCUAGGCAUGGACAUCUUCACCAUCCCCUUCGUAUCCGACGCCACCGAUGCCGGCAUAGCCCUCGACUUCACCUUCCCCGCGCCCACCACCACCACCUCCCCAACCCGCCAGACCCUUGGAGUCGACAUGUGGCAGGAAUCCCACGCCAUCUCCGUGACCCCCCUGUCGGCAUCAUGCACCUGCUACGCCUGCACAAAGCACCACCGCGCCUACAUCCAGCACCUCCUCGCCGCGAAGGAAAUGCUCGGCUGGGUGCUCAUCCAAAUCCACAACCACGCCGUCCUCGACGCCUUCUUCGUGGGGAUCCGCACCUCCAUCGCAAACGGCACGUUCGACCGCGACGUCGCCGCCUUCGAAGCCUUCUACGAGCCGACCCUGCCCGAGAAGACGGGGAGGGGCCCCCGCGUAAGAGGGUACCAGUUCCAGGCUGAGGAGCACGGGAAGCCGGAGAAGAAGAACCCGAAGGCGUGGAAGAAGGAUAUCGAGGAGAAGAAGCUGAAGGGGGAGAAGGUGAAGUUGAUGGCGGCGCACGGGCAGCAGCCGAACAGGAAGAAGGAGGUGCAGGACGUUAUUGACGACGAGGCGCUGAUUGGGCUGGUGGAUUUGCAGGGCGUGGACGUUGUUGAGUUGGAGAAUAUCAAGAUUGAGGAUGAUAAGUCGUGAGAAUGUUGUGAGAUGUGGAUAUAAAUGAAUAAACAAAUUAAAAAUUGC